AUGCCGUCCUUAUUCAAAAAGAUCAAGCAACAUGCAUCCAGUAAAAGUAAGCACAGUGGGUCUAUUAGAGAAGAUCCAAAGCCAUCAUCGUCAAAGCAGUCGAACAGUUAUUCAGGGCAGUCUACGUCUCGUGAUUUUGGAUAUAGCGAUAGAGGGAGGGAUCCGGCUCCCAAAGACUCGCCCUCCAAUACCGACACGAGAGCGGAGAACAAUGUUGAGGCUUCAGGUAAGAAGGGCAAAGGAAAGUCCAAGGCAGACGACCGAAACCGCAGUGAUGAUCAAAUAUACGAGAAUCCUUCUGCAAAUUGCUCAGGCGAGGAUGAUAUUUCAAGGGAUGUUGGUCAACAUGAGAGAAGAGCAUCCUCACCGACCGAAGAAGAAAUACGCCAGUACAAACGUGAUAGAAGAGCCGCAACCUACUCGACUGAGAAUUGGAGAAGAUAUUAUCCAGAAUGGUUCCCUCAAGAGGGAGAUUCGCCGGAAGAGAUUGCCAACAAGGAGAUGUUUAGGGCUGAGAAGUUCACAACAGACCCCGAGGCAAUUCGGGACAGAAGAGAUACCACUGUGGGCAAUGCGUACGCCAUGUUCCAACGCAGUGUGAACGGAGUGCAGACGAGAGAUUUUGCCGAAGAUUCUAGAUAG